AUGAGCGACUACAUCAAGCUCAGCACCAGCGAUGUACCAACCUUCUCCGGAGAUGAGAAGGACUACCCUGAUUGGGUACGGUGCUUCCGCACCAUGCUGGGGUUCGAGGAAUCGGCCCUACUGCGGGACACGGCGCUCGAUGAGCACGUGCCUAUCUCGAUGCAGCAGACGAAGCUCGAGGAGCUUCUGACGCGUGAGCAGGAGAUCGAGGACAAGGUCAUCACCGCCGAGUAUACCAAGGAGGCCAAGGAGGGAGAGCUGAAGCAGAUGCACAAGCAGCAGGAGAAGCUGAGGGCAUCCAUUCAAGCGGCCAAGCGGCUUUACACGCUGCUCGCCUUCGCCUGUAAGAACAGCUCCGCCAAGUACAUCCUCGAGCAAUACGAGGAGGGCGUCAAGGACACCUACGACGAGUUCGACGGUGUGCUGGCCUUCAAGAGGCUCAAGGCAAAGAUGGAGUCCAACCCCGCCUUCGCCGAAUUCUCAGCGUAACGUGAGUUCGACGCGUUCGCCUGGGACCUCAAGAAGUCGGCCCUGGACAACAACGCCGAGUUCAAGCGUCUGGCUGGCAAGGUCAAUGCGCAGAAGGAGGUGCUCACGGCCACAGCGCUCAAGCACGCCUACAUCAAGGUGGUGCCGACAGCCUACAAGCUGCCGAUCAGCGAGAAGAUCAUCAAGAGCAACGUCACCCUCGACGACGCCAUGGAGAGGGUGCGCAAGCUCAAGACAGCUGCAGCGAUGAUCAGGGCAUCGCCUGGGCAAGACGCGAGUAUGGGCGUCGGUGCGGCCACCACGCCAAUGGACGUCGACGAGGGCGCAAGGGCGGCCAGUGAUGGUGAAUCCAUCAACUGCAAGUACUGCCUCAACGACGGCCACCACCACUCGGACUGCAAGCGGCUGACGCACGACAACAUGAUGUACGGCAUCACCCUCUUCCCGAGCAGCCACCGCAUGAAGCGCGCUGCAGAGCUGCUCAACAGCCACCUCGAAGAGGUCGAGCGCAAGGAGAAGGAGCGAGUUAUCAAG